CCCGCACACACACACAAACACACACACACACAACGCACAGUCACUCACACCGAGACUCAAUUACUGCCCAAUUCCCUUCUUCAUCAUCUCCUGCUACACCGGCCUCUCACAAAACACAGCAAACCGCGAAAGGAAAAGAAAACAGGCGCUACUUCGAGGCGGGAUUAGGCGAAAUAAGUGUCCGGACUGAAAAAAGGGGGUGGAAGAGCAGUGAUGUCACAGAGUUGAGGACACUCCCACUCAAUAUGGAGUCUGGAGAGCGGCUGGCCUCGCCUUCCUCCACCCCGGUCUCCGUACACAACGCCUCCUCUUCAUCCUCAUCCUCAUCCUCAACGUCCCCGGCCUCCAACACCAAGAGCAGCCUCAACCACGGAGCUACGGCCUCACUCACUGCCUGUGGCCCUUUGUUCGGGGUGGCGGGGAGUGAGCAGCCGUUCAGUGUCAGCUCGGUGACUUCUGUGCCCAGUGCCUUCCCAGUGAUGGCUCAUCCUGCCUUCAGCCUUCUGUCGCCGGCCACAGCACGCCCAGAGUUUGGGGGUUUGGGGGCUCUCGGGGUCACUGCAGCCUUGGCAGCCCACCCACAACUAGGGGCUUUCUCAGAGUGGUGGAGAGCAGCUGAAGCUCAUGGGCGGAGUCCCGCAGCCUUCUUCCCGCCUUUCCUGGGCCUGCCCCCGCUGUUUGCGCCUCCCCUUCAGAACCACGAGGCCACUCCAUACACUUCCAAAACCCCAAGCAAAAGCAGCCGAGGGUCUAUAGGUGUUAAUGGAGCUGUAAACGGCAGCACCGUCUCUCCCUCCGCCACUAAAGGCAACGUCUCUGCGUCCGCCUCACUCUCGCCCUCCCCCGCGCCACGGCCCCUGGAGCACAGCCGGACCCCCAACGCCAAGCCCCGCGCCCGCAAGGCUGGUCACCAUAGCAACAGCACAGGAGAGCUCCAAGAGAAGCCCUCUCAGAAGCCUAAAGAGAAGAAAGCUCGCAAGAAACAGGGGGAAGGCUUGGGCGUGAGUGACAGCGAAUCAGGCACAUCAUUGGACAGUGACAGCGAGGGAGUCAGCAGUAGUGACCUGGAUGACCUCGGGGAAGAGGAAGAUGACGACGAUGAUGAUGAGGAUCAGAGUAAAGACAGUGAAGAGUCUGACUCUGAAAAGGAGCGACAGAAGAAGAAGAAAGCAAAGGUCGUGACAAAUCUCAGACUGAGCAACAAGGUGAAGCCCAGGCUCAUGGAGGCGUGGGACACCCGGGAGGGCCUUCACCGUGGCGCCUCCUUAGAUCUCCCGACUAUGGUUUCAUUACCCCGCUCGCCCUCGCCCUCAGCUCGCUCUCAGUCCUCCAGAGCCCGAGACAGAGCGGCACAACCCACUAGCGUCAUCCAGUCCACAGGCCUGGCAGUUGGCCCCAAACCGCUAGCGUUAAUUAGCCAGACUCGGCGGGACACCUCCCCCAAACACCUCUCUGCCUCUCCCCAACACCUCAGCUCCUCCUCUUCUCCUAGACCUCCGGCCAUCUCCCCUAAACCUCCUGCAGUCUCUGCCAAGCCCCUCGUCUCGUCUCAUCAACCCCUCCCACUUUCUCUAUGCUCCUCCCCCAAACCACUCUCAGUUCCCUCCCCUCCCAAGCCCCUCCCCCUGUCCUCCUCCCCUAAACCUCCCCCUUUGACACCGUCCCCCAGGGCACGCUCUCUAGGCUCAGCCCACAAGGCGCAGGAGGCUCUGAGCAGCAGGAAGCUUCUGGAGAACUCUCUGGCUCAAAUUGCAGACUACAGACUGAAACAAUCCCUUCUCUCGCAGGACCAGGAGUUCCCGCUCCAGCUGAAGAAGCAGCAGGAGCUGUACAAGCCCACAAAGCAUUCUGGGACAGAGUCCUCGUCUUCACCUUCGCUGCUCUCAUCCGCUCUCCUCCCCCUCAAAGCCUCCUCCGGCCGCACUAAACCCCCAGCGGCCCAGGGCGCGGCUCCGUCGCCAGGCCUGCUGCUCUCUCAGACCCUGCUGGGCCUGAGCCAGGCCAACGGGGUGAUCCAGAGUGUACCCCAGGACGUCCCGCUGGCCCUCACCACCAAGCCCCACACAGACCUGCCCGUCAACCUCAGCACAGGGGGCAGGAAGGAUGCCCCGACUCCACCUACCCUCGCUCCCACCUCUGCCCCACCACAGCCAGGCCGGCCACGCAACUCUCGCAAGAGCAAAACCCCCAAACCCCUGGAGGCCUGGAAGGAGGUGUCCCAGAACCACCUGGUUCAGUCCUUGGUGGACGUGUUCCACCGCGGCAGGGCCGAACAGGAGUUGCCUGGAAGCAAGGAUUCAGACGACUCGGCAGAGGAUGACGACGACGAUGAGGACGAUGAUGUGGAUGAUGAAGAGGAGGAUGAGGAGGAUUCAGAUGACAGUCUCUCAGAAUCAGACAGUAACUCAGACAGCGAGUUGAAUGGCUCUGGGAGCAGUAAGAAGAAGAAGAGGGACGCGAUGGAGAUGGAGACCGAGACGGACGGAGAGAAGACCCCUCUGAAACUCGGCAAAGGGAUGUCCCUGCUCACCUCCUCUACCAAUCACAGCCUGCCUGACUGCUCGCCACUGAACCUGCAAGUGAUUAAGCCCUCCAGUGUGGCCACGCCCACUAUCAUGAGCAGCUCCGGUGCCUUCACCUAUCACAGCUCUCCCUCUUCGUCAUAUUCUGUUGGCACCUCCCCAGGCUCGGGAAAGAGGAAGCGUGUGAUGAAUGAGGAUGAUUUGAAGACUCCUCUGGAAAUGGGCUGGCGGAGAGAGACCAGGAUCAAAACGGUUGGAGGUCGCCUCCAAGGAGACGUGGCGUAUUACGCCCCAUGUGGGAAGAGGUUACGGCAGUAUCCAGAUGUGGUGAAGUAUCUAUCCAGAUAUGGAAUAAGUGACAUCACACGCGAUAAUUUUAGCUUCAGUGCAAAAAUAAGGGUUGGUGACUUCUAUGAAGCCAGAGAAGGACCCCAGGGUCUGCAAUGGAUCCUGCUUAGUGAGGACGAGGUCGUACCUCGCAUCCGGGCCAUGGAAGGCCGGCGGGGCCGCCCGCCCAACACUGAGCGGCAGCAGAGAGGGGCGGACGGCGAGAGCUCGGGCUCAGGCGGCCGCCGCAGAAAAGGCAGACCGCCUAAUGUAGGGCAGACUGAAUUCCCCAGCCCCUCCGAGGCCAAACUGCUCCGAAAGCUGGAGGCUCAGGAAAUUGCCCGGCAGGCGGCUCAGAUGAAGCUGAUGAGAAAACUGGAGAAACAGGCCCUGGCAAGGGCAGCCAAGGAAGCACGCAAACAGCAAGCCAUCAUGGCUGCAGAGGAGAGGAGGAAGCAGAAGGAGCAAAUCAAGAUCCUCAAACAGCAGGAAAAGAUAAAGCGCAUUCAGCAAAUCCGGAUGGAGAAGGAGCUCCGCGCGCAGCAGAUUCUUGAGGCGAAGCGGAAAAAGCGUGAGGAAGCUGCCAAUGCCAAAAUCUUGGAGGCGGAGAAGCGCUUAAAGGAGAAAGAGAUGAGACGUCAACAGGCAGUUAUCCUAAAGCACCAGGAGUUGGAGAGGCAUAGACUAGAUAUGGUAUGGGAGAGGGAGAGGAGAAGACAGCAUGUAAUGCUCAUGAAGGCCGUAGAGGCCCGCAAAAAAGCUGAGGAGCGCGAGCGACUCAAGCAAGAGAAGAGGGAUGAGAAACGCCUCAACAAAGAGCGCAAGCUGGAGCUGCGCAGGCUGGAGCUCGAAAUGAUCCGUGAGAUGAAGAAGCCGAACGAGGACAUGUGCUUAACCGAUCACAAGCCUCUUCCAGAGUUCUCUCGUAUCCCGGGCCUGGUCCUGCCUGGUCAGGUGUUUUCCGACUGUCUGAUGGUGGUGCAGUUUUUGCGCAGUUUUGGGAAAGUUCUGGGCUUGGAGCUGUCCGAGGUCCCCACUCUAGGCGUGCUGCAGGAGGGUCUGCUCAACCUGGGCAACAGUAUGGGCCAAGUGCAGGACCUGCUGGUGCGUCUGCUCUCCAGCGCUGUGUGUGACCCGGGACUCCCACCAGGACAAAGGACAAAGUCUAUCCUGGGUGAUCACUUGACUAACCUGGGUUUGAACCGGGACAACGUUUCGGAGGUGCUGCAGCAGUACAUGGAGGCACACUGCUCUCAGACAGAUCUGGUUGAUAUCGCACUGAGCCUGAAGACCAAGGCCUUCCAAGCCCACACACCUGCCCAGAAAGCUUCCAUACUGGCCUUCCUUGUUAAUGAGCUGGCCUGCAGCAAGAGCGUGGUCAGUGAGAUUGAUAAGAGCCUGGAUCAAAUGACCGUGCUGAGGAAGGAUGAGUGUAUCGUGGAGGGAAAACUGAAAAAGCUGAAGACCAUCCAUGCUAAACGCACAGGGAAACGAGAGGCCAACGCUGUAGGGGAGGAGGCUCAGGCCACUGGCACACCCAGUGCCGGACACAAGCGCAAGAGGAAAGGCGGUGACAGUGAUGAUGAUGAGGAUGAAGAUGAGGACAGUGACGAGGCAGGAGAGGAUGAAGAUGAUGAGGAGGAGGAAGAAGUGAAGAAGGGGAGAAGAGUAGAGACAUGUGAUGAGGAUGAGGGAGAUCAAGCCACCAGUGUAGAGGAGCUGGAGAAACAGAUUGACAAAUUAUCAAAGCAGCAGAACCUGAUCAGACGGAAGCUGUUUGAAUCAUCUCACGCGCUGCGCUCCAUGGCGUACGGACAGGACCGCUACCGUCGCCGCUAUUGGGUACUCCCACAGUGUGGAGGGGUCUUCAUUGAGGGAUUGGAGAGUGGAGAAGGUCCUGAAGAGCUGGAAAAGGAACGAGAGAGGCUUCAGAACUUUGAGCCUGUGCAGGUUAAAGAGGAGCCGCAGGAGGAGCUGCAGCCGCAGGAGGUCCAGAGCCAGGUGAAGCAGGAGGAGGAGCUUGUGGAGGGUGUCAAACAAGAAGACGAGAAGCUGCCAAUGGACGCGGAUCAGGAGCAGUGCGGAGAGAGAGAAGUGUGUGCCUCUCCACCAAAGAACCUCCAGGAGAAGGAAGCUCAGCAGACAGAGCCCACCUCCUCUCAGAGCCCUCCUCUCAAGGAGCCCCCAAACACGGCCCUUGAGGUAACAGCGCUCUGCCACAACCCCAAUGGCUGCCCAGCAACUGUUGCCCCGGCGGCAACAUCAGCAAUGUCUCCAACUCACUCUACCUCCAAGCCGAUGGUGCUGUGCAGCAUUCCAGCGGACCCUGCGGUCCCCGUUCCUCAGUUCGGGGUGCCUCCUCCUCCACAGUUUGGGGUCCCACCAUCUCUCCAGCAGCAGCAGGUCCAGCUUUUGGGCAACGACCAGCUCCUACGUGUGUUGACAGAACGCAGCGGGCACUGGUUCAGUCUUCUACCCCGCUCGCCCUGUGACGACUCCUCUCUCACUCAGCCACCAACACCCCCGCAGGCCUCCCCGCAGCCCAACAGUGCCCUCAACGUCCGUUCCAGGAGCCCUGUGCCGCCCUGCUCCCCCCACCAUCACCUCCUCCCUCCCUCUGCCUCUCCAAGCCCCCUCAACCCUGCCCAUGAUGGCACUGGAAACCACACCAUGUCUCCUUUGCAGGUGAAGCCUGGUAGUGCCCUGAUGGCUUUACCCAUGUGUGGCUGGUCUGGUGGGGUGAUUAGCCCCAACCUGCCUGUGUGUAGCAGCCCUCUGCCCAUCUACCCACCCGCUGAGGGCAGCGCCAGCCCCCUACUAGCCCCCAGCGUCUCCACCAGCAAGAGCGGCUCUCCAGCUCCCCCUGGGGACAAACCCCCUUCAGCCCCUUCUCCUGCCAUCGACUUUCCACGAAAUCAUGACCACCCACAGCCUCAUCCUAUACCAGAGGACAUGCUGAUGGGCUGGUGGAAGGUGGCAGAUGUGGAGGAGCUGCAGGCCCUGAUGAAAGCUCUCCACAGCCGAGGCAUUAGAGAGAGAUCACUACAAAAGCAGAUCCAGAAAUCCAUGGAGCUAAUUGCACAGACUUGCAACAAGAACAGAGAGGUGGCAGUGAUGGAGGUGUCGGAGCUGGAUGAAGGUCAGGUUUCUGUAGAGACACUACAGGACUGGUGUGUGGAGGAGCAGGCCAUGGAGACAGACAUCGCUUUACUGCAGCAGGUGGAGGAACUUGAGCGCAAAGUCACCUCCGCCAGCCUGCAGGUCAAGGGCUGGGUGCACCCGGAGCCUCAGUCGGAGAGGGAGGACCUGGUCUAUCAUGAGCACAAGCUCCUCCCCAAGCCCCGCCCAGGGGCGGAGUCCCAAGACGAGCGGAGCUCGGAGAAAGGCCUGAGCCGUCGGCCCAGCAACCCGCUGGACAUCGCGGUGUCACGCCUGGCCGAGCUGGAGCGCCACAUCGAGAGAAGGUACCUGCGGAGCCCCUUAGGGACAACCAUCCAGAUAAGACUGGAUAAUGUGGGUACAGUCACUGUGCCCGCCCCUGCUCCAUCCACUAGCGCUGGAGGGGAAGGGGGAGAAGAGGAGCUUGCUCCAGGGAUGAAGGUGUGGAGGAAGGCUCUGAGCGAGGUGAGGAACUCAUCCCAGCUGGCCAUGUGCCUGCAGCAGUUGCAGAAGUCCAUCGCCUGGGAGAGAUCCAUCAUGAAAGUGUACUGCCAGAUCUGCCGUAAGGGAGAUAAUGAGGACCUGCUGCUGCUUUGUGAUGGCUGUGAUAAGGGCUGCCACACUUACUGCCACAAACCCAAGAUCAGCACUAUCCCAGAGGGAGACUGGUACUGCCCUGCCUGCAUCUCCAAGGCGAGCGGUCAGUCCCCGAAAAGCAAGAAGGCACAGAAUCGUGUCCAGUCGAGCGGAGGAGGGAAGAAGUCUGCGGAGACGGCCAAAAAGAACAAGAAGCAGCCAGAGGUGUGUGAGGAAGAGGAAACAGUCAGUGGUGGCAGCAGUAGCAGUAGCAACACCAGCAACAGCAGCCCAAAGAAAGCAACCACAGCCUCCACACAGGCCAAGAAAAGCUCACCCGCCCCUCCUCCCACCAAACCUGAGAGUCCAGCCUGCGUGAAAAGAGCCAAGACGGCCAGGGACAACAACCGUGACCUGGGCCUCUGCAGGAUCCUCUUGGCUGAACUGGAGCGUCAUCAGGAUGCCUGGCCUUUCCUCACACCAGUCAACCUCAAAUCAGUUCCUGGGUACCGCAAAGUAAUCAAGAAACCAAUGGACUUCUCCACCAUCCGCGAGAAGCUUGUUAGCAGCCAGUACCAGAACCUCGAGACGUUCAUCAUCGACGUCAACCUGGUGUUCGAUAACUGUGAGAAGUUCAACGAGGACAACUCGGACAUCGGCCGUGCGGGACACAACAUGAGGAAGUUCUUUGAGAAGAGAUGGACGGAGCUCCUGAAGCAGACUAACUGAGCUGUCCGGUGCUCCGCGUGUUGAAUCAAGACUGAACGAACUGUCAUUUUUUCUUUCAACCCCUUGUGUGGAGCUCAGAAACCACUUGCAGAAUCAAAGCAUUUCGCCAUCUUCUCCCAGCAAGCCUGGGCCCUUUCGGCUGGCCUACACAUCUCAACUUGAACCAGCUCGCCGUGCUGGUCCAGACCCCAACAAGUCACACACACACACAACACCCAAAGAGACACAGGAGAUAGGGUGUCUUUGUGCAAUACCAUUACCUUGUAGAAAAGAGUAAAUCGCACUGAAAUCUUCAACCAUCAGAGCUGUAUGUAGGAGAAAAAGAAAAAAAACACUUUCCACUACCUGUAAAU